ACAACAACCAACCAUCGAGCAUUUCUGCUGCUGUGAAUCAACAACCGCUACCAACUCUUACUUCAGCCUCGCCUCGCCAUAGCUCAUUGAGUUGGAUAGACGCUUAGAGGCCCUUCAGCCGCGCAUCAUCAUCCUGCAGUAGCCGUGCUUUGCUUGGGCCGAAGCUGGCAGUUGAAUAACAGGGGUCUAUGGUCAAGCAAUCGCGGCUUCUGAUGAGGUGAACUGCUUCGUUAAAGGCGGGAAUUCUCAGCCUCCAAUUGCGGCACGUCGUACGAACACCGCAUUCGUCGCAAUAUUCCGCCUAGUGAGCAACCCGGUGAGCUAUGGCGGCGGCAGUGGCGGCAUCUGCGGCGGCAUCCACGGCGGCAUCCACGCCGGUCUUCGUGUACGGCACGCUAAUGGCCGACGAGGUGCUGCACGCGCUGCUGGACAGAGUUCCCGCUUCGGCCCCCGCCCGCCUACCAAACUUCACUCGCCACAGCAUCAAGGGGCGGCAGUACCCUGCAAUCAUUCCGAAAGCAGACGACUCCGUGUUGGGGAAGCUCCUCUUCAACCUCUCCCCCCCCGAGAUGGACCUCUUCGACGCCUUUGAGGACGUUGAGUACGUGCGUCAUCUGGUCUCCGUGCAAGGGUUGGCAGCAGGGAGGGAGGCGCAACGGGAGGAAGAGACCAAGGCGUUUGUGUAUGUGUGGGGGAAUGUGGAGGACCCUGAUCUCCAUGGAUCGUGGGAUUAUGAGGUGUGGCGCUGCAAAUGGCUGGCCUCAUAUGUUACAAUGUGUCAAGAAUUUGCGCAAGAAUGGAGCGAAGGGGGAUCGUGGAGCGGCAUUGAGCACAGAGAAACACUACAAGCCAAAGGCCCAAGCUCGUAGUCAUUGGUAUUUUGUACAGCGGUUUACAAUGGUUGCGUUCUGCAGGCAAUUUUGGAAGGUUCCAAGCCGCGUACAGAAGGUUCUGAAGGUAGCAUUUUUUUGGUCCGGUACAGGGCCUCAGAUUCGUUUAGAGGUACCCUGAUCAAUCAGCCAUCCCCCCCUACUUUCCCCUGAUAUGUCAGUGUUGAUUGUAAAAAAAAAACACUGUUUCUUCAGUGUUUGAAGG